GGAAGCCGCGAUCGAUUACCCAUUGAGGUCAUUGCGAUAUCCUUCUGACCCCAAAAGAACCGGGGGGUUGUGGGGGCCUUUUUAUGGUUCAGUAAUCACCGUAUGUUUCGGCGAGGUCCCCUCCCGUUCCUCACCGACCCAUGGUAUAAGAGGCCAUACCCACCUUGCAUGAUCGGGGAGAAACCUUAGCUUGUUCUGGUUAUCAUCAUUAAUUCUUGACUGCCAAAACAAAGGCCUGAACUUUCGCAAUAAUGGCCACCGGCGACGAUCCAAGACCGGCCGUUAUUGAUCCAACUGGUCCGAAGAAGGAAUUCGUUGAGGCAGAUGAUGAAAUAUCUGACGUUGGAGACCUGAAUUAUGAGGACGAGUAUCCGAGCUACACGACAAGUCUCAGUUCGGGAGUUUUCGCGUACAAAUUCGAAAACGGUCGUCGGUACCACGCCUACAGAGACGAAAAUUAUUAUCUUCCCAAUGAUGAUGAGGAGAAAGGCCGCCUCGAUCUUUUCCAUCAGAUCUUGACGCUCAGUUGCAACGGGGACCUCCACCUGGCACCAAUUGGGCCCGACGUUCAAAAAGUUCUAGAUCUAGGAACUGGUACUGGAACUUGGGCUAUCGAUAUGGGGGAUACUUACACUUCUGCGGAGAUUCUGGGCAAUGACCUCAGUCCUAUCCAGCCCAACCUAGUACCCCCAAAUGUCAGGUUCGAGGUAGAUGAUAUCGAGGAUGACUGGGUGUACCGCUCCAAAUUCGACUAUAUACAUGCGCGUUACCUGGCCGGAUCGAUCAAAGACUGGCCAAAGCUAGUGUGCCAGGCAUUCAAGUUCACCAAGCCAGGAGGUUGGGCGGAGUUCCAAGAUUUUGAAAUGCAAUUCUACACGACGAAUGGGGAAUUCAAACCCGGCUGUCCAUUGGACAGGUGGUGUACCGAAUCAAUCGACGGCCUGAAUUCCGUUGGAUUGGUAGCCUCUCCCGGCCCCAAGCUAAAGCAGUGGCUGAAGGAUGCUGGGUUUGUCAAUGUACAAGAGAAGAUCAUUCCCAUACCUGUGGGUGCCUGGCCAAAGGAUAAGAGGCUCGUAUGUGUCACGAUAUUCCUCGCCUCCAUAAAGACAUUCUCGACUUUCCAUCUAAUAACAUACUGUAAUAGAAAACCGUGGGAGCGUUGAAUUUCCAUCAGUUCUUUGAAGGAGUCGACGGCAUGUCGCUCCGGAUCUUCACAGACAUGAAGGGAUGGAAGCCUGAAGAACUACGGGUAUUCCUAGCAGAUGUGAGGAAGGAUCUGAAGAAUCCCCGAUUACAUGCACAGCAUAACUUGUAAGUGUGAGCCUCUGUCAAUCUUUCAAAUGUCCUCUAACCGUCGCCAAGUUACGUGGUGUAUGCACAGAAACCAGAAUAAACCAUUCAGGGGGGAGACGAGGAAGACAAGAGGCGACCAAUGAAGAAAGAGAUUACGUUCUACAUGCUGAACACAGAGUCCAAUAUAUGGUGUUAGAUAUGGAAUUUAUCUGUCACGAAGAAUACGAAUGAAAAUUAUAUGACGGCCGUCUCCACCUCGGCAUCAAAUAGCCCAGUUCGGACAUGGGACUAAUCUUGAAUCCUGCAGAACCCCGUCUGCCCCCACUCUGACACUCUUAACAAGAGUCCGAUUCCCCACUUCAUGCCUAGAAUGCGGAGAAAACCUAGAGCCUGGAUAACACUGCAGUAGGAUGGUCCCAAGGCAGAAGGAUUGUAGAUCAACGCUCGGGUUUUCCGAGCUUGACGAUCACCCAUUUCGGGGUG